AAGCGAAGUCUGUACAAUUCGACAUUUAUUAGUACACACGAGGCGAGAAUAUAAAUAGCGAGUAAAGAGAUGUAUAUUCCAUAAGAAGAACAGAGAUAAAAGAGAGGGCUGCAAUUUUAUUGUUAGAGUGCGUGCAAGUCGAGCGCCAAUCGUUGAGCACCGUGAUCAUAGGUGCAUACCCGCCAAUCGUUCGUGAUGCUGCACACGAGGACCCUCGCCGUCGCUGUAGCAUCGCCUAUCCUCGUUGAAAAUGUCUUACCGUCUUGGUUGCUUCGCGCGUCUAGCAGCCAUGUUGUGUCCAUACGUUCCAUUGGUGACCGUGCCCUUAAUCGUGGUCAAAUAUCACGUGAGAUCAUGCUCGAAAAUUACCAGAAGAUACGUGAAAAGUACAAGUGUAAGUAUAUGUUGCCACUUGCUGCAGCCAUGUUACUUUGGUGUCCUUCUCAGUUCCACUAGUCUCGCUAAGAAACUUCCCCAAGACGUGAAUCCGAAAGGAGUAUUUUCUUGCAAUGAGCUUGACUUGAAAGAAGUCCAAGUAUAUGGAUUUGAUUAUGAUUAUACCUUGGCUUGUUACAAGCCAUCCAUGGAUUAUUUAUUAUAUAAUCUUGGACGUGAUAUGCUUAUUCAAAAAUACAAGUACCCCGAGGGAAUCAGCAGCCUCGAGUACAAGAAGGAUUUCGCUGUUCGUGGCCUCCAUUAUGACAUCGAAAAGGGUCUGCUACUAAAACUCGACAGCUUCUUGCAAAUUCAAUUUGGCGCCGUUUAUCGCGGUUUACAUCCAGUGCCCGACGACGAGGUCCUUAGACUCUAUAAAAACCGGAUAAUACCAAUCGCCUAUGUAGAGGCACCACAUAAACAUUCUCAUAAAGAAGCAUUGCACCGGACAAAAAUGGUUCAAUUGGCUGAUUUAUUUUCGGUACCAGAAAUGGGUCUUCUAUGUAACGUCACGGAAUAUUUCCUUAGAAAUCAUAUCGAUUAUCAUCCUGAAAUACUUUUUAGAGAUGUAAAGAACUCUGUACAAAGUUGUCAUCCUAUAAUGCAUGGAAUGGUGGUAAAAAAUGUUUCCGAAUAUUUGGAACAAAAUAAAGAUUUGAGAAGAUUUUUUGAUCGACUUAAAAGAGCUAAUAAAAAAAUGUUUCUAGUAACUAACAGUCCUUUCCAUUUUGUUGAUACUGGAAUGAAAUUCUUGGUUGGUGAUGAUUGGAAAGAUUAUUUCGAUGUAGUAAUAGUACAAGCAAGGAAACCAAAAUUCUUUACAGAAGAAUCUCGACCACUUAGAAUAUACGAUGAAAUUAAUAGAACACAACUGUGGGAUCGAGUUACUAAAAUUGAAAAAGGAGUUAUCUAUCUUGAAGGCACAGUUAAACAAUUACAAGAUAUGACCGGAUGGCAAGGACAUCAAGUAUUAUAUUUUGGAGAUCAUCCUUAUAGCGAUCUAGCGGAUGUUACUUUGGAACAUGGUUGGCGAACUGGAGCCAUAAUUAAAGAAUUAACGCAUGAAAUUGCAACGUUAAAUAAUCCAAAAUUUAAAGAAAAUGCAAAUUGGUUACAAAUGCUAACAGGAUUAAUUGAAGAACAUCAAGAUUAUGAAGGGCCAGAUGUACAAACGAUACUCAACGAAUGGAUCGAGGAAAGAGAUGAAUUAAGAAACGAGAUAAAACGAGUAUUUAAUAAACAAUUUGGAUCUGUAUUCAGAACAUAUCAUAAUCCUACAUAUUUUUCAAGAAGACUUUUCAGAUUUGCCGAUAUUUAUAUGAGUUCAAUUACGAAUCUGUUAGAAUAUUCAACAAGUCAUACUUUUUAUCCAAGAAGAGGUGUAAUGCCACAUGAAUAUACAAGUUAUUUCGUAUAAUAUACAGUUCUAAUAUUUAAAUUUUUAAUUGGAAGCAUCCAAUGCUUUAAAAUGUGAUAGAAAUGAAUCAAAAAUCAAUAUUUCAAUUGAAAAUUCUAGAAGAAAUAGAAAUAUUAAAAAAUAAAUAUUUAAAACGCAUUUGCGUUUUAUGUAGAUAAAAAGAGAAUAUUAGACUGCUUAAUAUGUUAAUUUUGCGAAGAAGUAUGUUGUUACAUAUAACUUAUAUAUGGAUAAUUUUGUUUAGAUAAAAUAUUAUAAUUAUAUAAAAAUAUUAUAAUAUAUAUUGAUUUAUUAAAAAAUUCCAUUACAAA